AGGAUCAUCUUACCGAACAUCAUGGCGGAUGUCACCAAUACCGCCAAGAUGAUCAUGAAGAUUGGCAACUUACCAUUGCCCGCUGGUGGCUUCUUCCCCUCGGUGGUCACAGCAGAGAUUAUGAAAGACGGCGGUUUCUCGCCCUUCUACUGGGACAUGCUGAAGGCCAACGCCAUUGCCAACCUCAAUGGUGGAAGCGCGAUGCUGUACAAACGACCCCUGAUUCUGGCGGCUGCUUUGGUUUCUACCGUGGGAGACGGCAACACAGCACCGUUCCGCGGGGAUAGUGGAAACAGGAUUUACGCCCGCAUUGCCUUUGGAACGACCUUCUACGGCUUUGGAAAUCUCGCUCAGAUCAACUUCAAGCUGCCCGUAGGCUACUCCUGUGCCACUACACAGCAGGGUGGAAGUGUGCCCGAUCUGAGUUUGUUGGCCAAUCGCUUCCCUUCGACCAAGGGUCGUUUGGGCGGACUGAUUCCUGAAGUCCGGUACCGGAACGUCCCAGCCACCCCUGAUGUGAUGUGUCAGAUCACCCUCUUGGAGGAC